GCUGCCUACAAUCCUCUCACGCUGGCUGCGAAACUGAAGGAAAAGCUAACUAAAAAGACAGCAGCGGAUGACGAGAAGGGGCGUUUUGAUUGGACGCACUUGGGACACGAAGCGGGUGCAUGCUUCCGGGCUGUCCCGUCCCGAGUGUCGUUUCUGCUUGGACCUCUGCAAAGCCAGACGAUGGCCAAGCAACGUCGACCCUACAAACGACGACACGUCGUCAAGGAGGAGGAACCAUUGGAGGAGCAAGUUUUGGUUCCAUCGGAUGGGAAAGAUUGCUCCGCCAUUUUGGAUCCUGCAGCUCCAAUCAAGGCAGUCAAAAAGUCACUCAAGGAGCAGUGCGCGGUGGCUGAGACUGGAGAGAUUGAUAUGGUUCCUUUCCUCGUUAAUCCUCAUUCCUUUACUCAGACCGUGGAGAACUUUUUGAACUUUAGCCACUUGAUCUCCAAGGGCCUUGCCGGUGUGCGGAAAGACGAGGUGGACGGGAACAGUUACAUUUGGUAUAUUGGACAACAAAAGGACGAGAAGCAGAAAUCCAAGGAGGGCAGCGGCGUCGUCCAUUCCGCACGGCAGCUUGUCAUGCCUCUGACCAUGCGAGAUUGGCGCAAGUUAGUGGAUGCCUACAACUUGAAAGAAGGUGGCCUUCCGCACCGUGAUUACUCAGCAACAGCUGCAGGUAGUGUGCCCUCAGAAAAAGAAUGCAAUGAGAAAGUUUCAACUGUUCCCAAAGGACAAAAUCAAGAAGAGCAAAAGGAUGGAGGACAAGAGGACGUGGCAGCUCGCUGAACAUUAUGUUGGACCCAAGCUGGUGCUGGAAUGGUUUGCAUCCUUAUCGAUUGUAUGAUUCAUGAUACUAUCUGCUUUUGUUCAUGGCCACAAGAGUAGCUGACGGAAGAUUGCUGCUCAAUCAAAACAUAGCUACUAGCUAGUAGGAGAUUCUUAUGUACUA